AUGGGGGAAGUCGGAGGCAUGCUCACCGCCGCCAUCCUGAGGAUGGCCGGCGACCAGAUCGGCGCCGCCGUCGGUGGGCAGAUGAGGAUGCAGUGGGAGUUCGACGGCGACCUGGAGGACGUGAAGAUGACACUGGAGACUAUCUCCGCCUCGCUCAGGGACGCCGAGAGGCGGUCGAUCAAGAGCGAGGAGGUGCUGCUGUGGCUCAGGCGCCUCAGGGAUGCUGCCUACGACAUCUCCGACAUGAUUGAUGAGUUUGAGCUGGAUACCAUCAUCAAACUGAAUGCACCAACAAAGUGUGCUACUAUCAUGUGUUGUCUCACAGUGAGGCCCAAGAUCAAAAUGGCCAACAAUAUGAAGGAGAUUAGGGUGCGACUAGAAAAGAUCACAAAACAGCACAAGGAUUUCAAUUUCAUUCUAGAUAGCAGCUCGGACAUCAAGGAACAGAAUGUACUUUUUGGUGAUCGGUUGACAUCUCCGAAGGUGGAAGAAGCCACCAUUUUCGGAAGGAAUGAAGACAAGAGCAAAAUUGUUAAUAAUUUAUCUAAGAAGAUGUUGAUGGAAGAUUUUAUUGUCCUUGCAAUAUGCGGCAUGGGAGGGAUUGGAAAGACAACAUUAGCACAAUUAGUUUUCAAUGAUAAACACUUCAAAGAGUACUAUCCAGUGUGGGUAUAUGUGUCUCAAGUGUUUGAUUUGAACAAAAUUGAGAGAUCUAUAAUCUCACAACUCUCUAAAAGGAUGCCCAAGAUGACUGAUUUGGACAUGGCACCUCCUGAUAUGAAUGUUAUCAUUGUUUUAGAUGAUCUUUGGGAGAAAGAUGGUUCUAAAUUAGAGAAGUUGAAAGCUAUGCUAACCGUCAACAAGGAAGGCAAGAUGAUUAUCAUAGCUACCACACGUGAUGAAAGCAUUGCCAAGAGAUUUUCUACUAUUGAACCAUACCAUUUAGAUCCCCUGACAGAUGAUAUGUGCUGGAAAAUAAUAAAGGAAAAAAGUGAUUUUGUAAAUAGAAAUGACAAAGACCAGUUGGAACAGAUCGGAAGGGAGAUUGCAAGAAAGUGUGGUGGUGUGGCACUGGCAGCUCAAUCUCUUGGGUACACAUUAUAUUCCAAAAGAUUUGAUGAAUGGGAGUCAAUAAAGAAUAAUGAUAUUUGGAAUGAAUCUACCUCGGAAGAUACAUCUUCACCACAUCAUGUGCUUGCAUCCUUAAAGUUAAGUUAUGUCAGAAUGAGACCAGGCUUGAAGAUGUGUUUUGGCUAUUGUGCAAUCUUUCCGAAAGGUCAAAAGAUUGUCAAGGAUGAUUUGAUUCACCAAUGGAUUUCUCUUGGUUUUAUCGAGCCAUCAAGGGUAUACUCCCCCAUACAGCUUGUUGAGACAUAUGCCACUGAACUUUUGGCAAUGUCGUUUCUUCAACAUCCCAAGUCAUUAUCUGCUACUGCAGUGCAUGAUGAAAAUGUUACAUUGUUCAGCAUGCACGACCUGGUCCAUGAUCUUGCAAGAUCGGUCAUGGUGGGUGAAAUUCUGGUCUCCAGUAAUCAAGACAGCAACCCUGCAAGCAGUUACCGAUAUGCAUUGCUCAAUGACAGCAGGAAGCCACUAAACUCAUUCAGCAAAUUCGCUAGCAAGAUAAGAGCGCUUCGUUUUGCUGACUGCGCCAAAACUGGGCUUGGUGAUGAUGCAUUUUCUGGUGCUAAGUACCUGCGUGUCUUGGAUUUAAGCGAGUGCUCUGUACAGAAGUUGCCAUGUUCUAUCUGUCAAUUGAGGCAUCUGAGGUAUCUUAGUGCUCCUGGGAUCCAAGAUGCCAAGAUUCCUGAUUGUAUGACGAAGCUCUCAAAUUUAGUGUAUCUCCAUCUUGGUGGAUCUUCCAAACUCAGGUCACUCCCAGAGUCAAUUGGAGAAAUGCAUAGUUUGACGCAUCUUGAUUUAUCAGGUUGCUCGGGAAUUCAACAACUACCACAAUCAUUUGGGAUGCUAAAAUUGUUGUAUCUGGAUUUGUCAAAUUGCUCCAUGCUUAUGGAUCCAUUUAACGUCUUGGGGAACCUCACCAAACUGCAACAUUUGAACUUAUCAUAUUGCAAACAUGCAAAGAUGCUAGGGAAUUUGGAAAACCUAACGGAACUACAGUUCCUAAACUUAUCAAACACCUGGUUUGCAGAUGUGCCGGAAAUAUAUGUUUUGCGUGCUGGCACCAAACUCGAAUAUUUGAACCUAUCAACGGAAUACACACAUAUCAAGGGGCUUACUGAAACUAUGGACAAUUUAAUUAAACUGAAGUAUUUAAACUUAUCCGGAUGGAGCCAAUUGGAAGAAUUGCCAAGAUCAUGGAGAAAUCUUCCAAAUUUGAUGCAUCUUGAUUUGUCUGACUGCGGUAAGAUUAAAGGUGUACCAGAAGCAUUGGGUGGCCUUUCCAAACUCCAAUAUUUGAAUUUGUCAAAAUGCUGCUGGAGUAACAAAAACGCUCUCCGAGGGCUUGAGGAUGUGGUGCCCAGGCUCACCGAACUUCGGUAUUUGUCUUUAUCAAAUUGCCUGGAUUCUCUCAUCACUACAAUAAGAGAGAAAUACAAUGUCGGACAAAUCAAAGAUGAGGGUGUCUGUCUAAGUUUUCUUGCAUCUCUCAGUUCCCUUUCGAAUCUGGAGGAGCUGGACUUGUCUAAUAGUGUCUGUUUAAACUCUCUACCAGAAAGUAUUAGUGACCUGAGGAACCUGCAUACACUGAACCUCUCACGCUGCCGGUUUCUAUCUCAUCUUCCAAAUGUUAUAUGCGAGAUUGAUAGUCUGAAGCAUCUAAAUGUUUCUGGUUGUAGAGAUCUAGACAAGUCAACGAUACCUAAAUUCGACAGUACUUCAAUAUUGUUACCACAGUUUGAGGUCCAAGUCUGCAAUGGAGAAUCUAGCAGCAAUCUGGUUCUGCUUGAGAAUGUAAAAAGUGUUACUGAGCUGGAGAUAGGCAAUCUGGAAAACGUAGUCAAUGUAGAAGAGGCUCAAAGAGUGAAAUUGAAGGAGAAGGAAGGUAUAUGCAGACUAACACUCAGCUGGACAAGUGAUGCGAGGAGAUUCGUGGAGGAUGAGGACGUGUUGGGAGAGCUAGAACCACCAGCAACAUUAUUGCAAUUUAUGCUGAAAGGAUACAACAGGGUAUCGUUUCCAGCUUGGUUCCUCAACAAUGCUCAUCAUCAUUUCCCUGUGCUUCUGAGGAUUGAUCUGGUGAAUUUGCCCAACUGCACCAGCCUGAUACCGCUAGGCCAGCUUCCGAAACUGGAAUAUCUGUCACUUGAUCGAGUGAACAACAUCAAGAAGAUUGAUGAGGAAUCCUUUGGUAGCACAGGAGCAUUUCGCCAACUGACCAAGUUCACCAUAUCCAACAUGGAAGGCCUACAAGAGUGGCAGACAACGUACUCCUGUGGCGGUUUCAUGUUCCCCAAACUAAGGGCAUUGGAAAUACAUCACUGCCCCAACUUAAUCCUCAAACCUUGCCCUCAUAAAGCUUAUGAAUGGGAGAUCGAGGGCGCUGACAACAUACUGUCGUCGUGGACAGGAGCAGGCCGUUUCCCAGUAAACAAUCUGACCGUCAAGUCCUGCAAGCUGCCAUUUCAUCGGUGGUCGUUGCUUCCUCAGCUGACUGCCCUUAACUAUUUAGCUAUUGAGUCAUGCAGUGAUGUGAGCAGCUCACCAGGGUUCACCAGAGGUCUAACCAACUCCAUCCAAGCACUGCUCCUCAAAGAAAAUGACAACAAACCAGUCCUGCAGCUGCCGAACUGGAUCGUUGAGCUCAACCAUCUUAACAGUUUGCAUAUAAGUAGUGGGUGCCUAGAGCUGAUGGCGUCAUGGGGGAUCAUGAGCCAACUCACUUCUUUACGCUCGUUAACCCUGUUUGAAUGUGGAAGCUUGACAUCACUGCCCAAGUGGUUGGGAGACCUCCCCUCUGUCCAAAAACUACGGAUAUGCAGCUGCCCAAGUCUGAACAAUCUUCAAGGGAGCAUAGCACGCCUCACCUCCCUCCAGUCGCUGCAUCUGCAUUCCUGCGAAAGCAUAGCAAUGCUGCCAGAAAGUUUGGGUGAUCUGACCUCUCUCAAGAUCCUUGAGAUUGCUGCGUGCACAAUUAUUGAAUCUUUGCCUGAGAGCAUACACAGACUCACAAAUUUGGUUGGUCUAAACAUUUUUGAGUGCCCUGAAUUGGAGAAGUGGUGCGAAUUGGAGAACAAGACCAGGCUCUCUAAUGUUCUUAGGUGCCAGCGUGCCACCUGUAGUUCGUUUUGUAAAUUUAAGGUUCCGUCUUUUAUUACAAAACCAAAUCAGAAUCGACGGUUCCGUAAGGGAAUUGCUAUUGGCUUGUUUGAUUUAGAGGAAUUGUAA